UGUCUCACUGUUAAAAGGUGCAAAAUGGCAGCGAAAAAAAGGAAGUUUUUCGAAGAUUACAUUAAGUUUGGAUUUACCUUCAUAGAAAAAGACGAUUUACAAUGCCUCAGUGUGUGAUAUGGAUGAAAGUUUUAAGUAAUGAUAGCAUGAGGCCCAAUCGUCUUGAAAGACAUUUGAAGCAACAACAUCCUACUCUGGUUUUGAAGACGAAAGUGUUUUUUUCUUCUAAAGCAGAAUCACUCAAACGGAUGAGACUGGAUAAAUCGGGUGUAUCGCAGCAUAUCAAAGCUUCAUUUGAAAUAGCUUUUAUGAUAGCACAGCAAAAGAAACCUCAUACUAUCGGUGAAAAAUUAAUAAAACCACGUGUCCUAAAAGCCACGCAGAUAAUUACAGGAGAAGAUGCAUAGCAAAAAAUGAAGUCUAUUUCUCUUUCAAAUAAUACAGUCAAGCGUAAAAUCGAUGACAUUGCAGCAGACAUAAAGUCACAAAUAAUUAACAAACUAAAAUUGUCGCCAUUUUUUGCCAUUAGUUGCGAUG